AUGUCUAAAAAAUUGGCUGUUGCUACUCUUCUUUAUUCGCUAGAUUAUUUACCAGGUGUACUCACUUUAGGUCAUCAAGUUAAUAAACUAUUAAGAAUAAAAACAAACUCUAAUAAUAUCGAAACAUGUCUACUGGUAACAGAAUCGCUAUACAAUGAUGAAUUAACCGUCAAUUCAAAGAAUGCAUUACAUACUUUAUAUCGUAGGGUGAUCCUAAUCAAUCCAUUGAUGGAAAAUGAUAUGAUUAUGGAAAGAAAUAAUUACAAUCUAGAUAUCUUAAAGAGACCAGAGCUGGCAUUUACAUUAAUUAAGAUUAAACUUUGGAAUCAAACCAUAUAUAAUCAGAUUUUAUAUCUAGAUGCAGACACUCUACCAAUGUCCGUAGAUUUGUUCAAUUUAUUUGAACAAUAUCAAGAUCAAACUUGUCUACAGGUAGCCGCUUCACCUGAUAUUGGAUGGCCGGACAUGUUCAAUAGCGGUGUUAUGCUAUUAACUCCAAAUGAGAAGCUAUACCAUCAGUUACAUAUAUUUACAAUUGAUAAUGUUUCCAUUGAUGGUGCAGAUCAAGGUAUAUUAAAUCAAUUUUUCAACCAAAAUUGCAGAAAUCAAUCAUCUAAUAUUAAUAGAGAAUGGCAAACCUUAUCAUUUCUAUAUAACGUGACCACCCCGAAUACAGGGUAUCAAUGUCCUCCUGCCAUGAAAUAUUUCGGUAAGGAUAUCAAAUUAAUACAUUUCAUCGGUAAUAAUAAACCAUGGAAAGUUACUUUAGAAGUCGACUCAGAAAAUAGUAAUUAUGCCAAGGAGUGGUAUAAUGUCUAUGAGGAAUACAACUGUGAUGUUAUUUUGGAUCAAGGUUUAGUGAAUUUGCGUAUCAAGGAGGUUAAACCUUACCAAACUCAAACAGAAUCUGAAGUGAAAGAAUCUAUUGACAAUAAUAAUCAACUUUCUUGCAAUGAAACGCAACAUGAACAACACAACGAAGAGCCUCAACAGAGUUCAUUUGAAGAACAAAAACACGAAAUCAUAGUUAAUCAAAAUGUUCAUGAGACACAUGCAGUAGCUGAACCUGAAAAAAUCGACUUACCAUUACCAUUUAAGGAUUGGCUAACUACAUUUAUCAAGAAAGAAGAAGAACCAGUACAAAUACGACAAUGUGAUAACAGCGACUUUGUUACAGACACAUCAAAGUUUAAUAGUACGGUCUCUAAUGAAAUACGUAAACCAAAACAACGUGAACUUCGUGUAUAUGAAAGACAACCAGAAUUCGUUGAACGUCAAUUUUCAGAAACAGGGUUUUACAAUAACUUUGAUCAACAAGAUGAAGAAUCAAUAAUUUCUGAGGAUGAAAACGUAUCUUCCAUAGGUCAACCGAAAGCAGAACACGCGCAAGUUUCAGCCCCACCACCAUCAGAACGUGAAUAUGUACCAAACUAUAAAUUUGAUUGGGAAAACACCGGUUACCAAAGAAACGUUCAAAGAAUAUUCCCCAAUGAUAUCUUUGAAUAUGAAGUCGAAGAAAGUCAAAAUGAGGCAGUUGAACUUGAUGAUGUCAGUGUCGAUAGAGAAUUGAAUACGGCUAAGUUGAGAAGUAUAAUAGCAGAGAGGGAAGAAAUGGAGGAAGAGGAGGAGGAAGAAGAUAUGCAGGAACGUUCACUUAUAACUGGGCAAAAAGAAGAUUCCGAAAAAGAAGAGGAUGAAUUGUACAAUAUAAGGAAACAGGAAAGGAGAAACGAAAAAAUUAUGCAUAUAAACGAAAUAUUGGCAACUAGUCCGGACGACAUCGAACAAAAUUAUUAUCCGCCAGCAACUAGACAAUUCCCUGACUAUGAUACUCCCAUAAUUCAUCAAACAAUUCCUGAGGAACCUAUCGAUUACAACGAGGAUUAUGGUGAUGAGUGA